AUGAGGCUUACUUUAGCUGCUUUAGUUGGAAUUGUUUUUGGAUUUUCUCUAGGAGUAUCUUUUCCAACUGUAUCAUUAGUUAAGGUGACUCCCAGUACUCUCUUUCCAUGCCUUGAUCUUACAUAUGUUAAUGAUAAGUACACGGGAUUUCCAACCAAAUCAAUCUGGGAUGCAUGGGCUUCAUUGAAGGGAAACAAAAGCAUGUUGCAUGCGCAUCACAACAUAAGUGAUACAAAGAUCUGGGUAGCUACAAAUCCUCGAGGAGCUGAAAGGCUUCCUCCUGGUAUAAUCAAACCUCAGUCAGAUUUCUUUCUUCGUCGAUUAUGGGGCCAACCCAGUGAGGACCUAAUUGUCAAGCCAAAGUAUCUUGUAACCUUCACUGUUGGAUAUAAUCAAAGAUACAACAUUAAUGCUGCAGUGCAAAAGUUCUCUUCAAACUUCACAAUUGUAUUGUUUCACUAUGAUGGGCGGGCUAGUGAGUGGGAUGAAUUUGAAUGGGCAAAGAGAGCUGUCCAUAUCUCUGCAAUCAAGCAAACUAAAUGGUGGUACGCAAAACGUUUUUUGCAUCCUCACAUCGUGGCUCCUUAUGAAUAUAUCUUUAUUUGGGAUGAGGACUUAGGUUUGGAACAUUUUGAUGCAGAGGAGUACUUAAAAAUGGUUAAGAAACAUAACUUGGAGAUAUCACAGCCCGGUCUAGAUCCAAUUAGUAGUUUUACAUGGCAGAUGACAAAGAAAAAGGAUGAAGGUGAAGUCCACAAGAUGGUUGAUGAUGGCGGGUGGUGGCAAUGUAGUGAUCCACAUUUGCCACCUUGUGCUGGAUUUGUGGAGAUUAUGGCUCCUGUUUUUUCUUCAGAUGCAUGGCGUUGUGUAUGGCAUAUGAUACAGAAUGAUCUAAUUCAUGGAUGGGGCCUUGAUUUUGCUCUAAGACGAUGCGUUAAGAUUCCUCAUGAGAAUAUUGGAGUUGUUGAUACUCAGUGGAUUGUCCACCAAAGUGUUCCAUCUCUAGGGAACCAGGGGCACGCAGAAGAUGGUAGAGCACCAUGGGAAGGGGUGAGAGAAAGGUGUCAUAAAGAAUGGACAUUGUUUCAAGAUCGUAUGGCUAAUGCAGAGAGAGAUUAUUUUCAAGCAAUGGGAAUUAUUCCACGGAACACGACAGGACGCAACAUUUUGGUAUACAUUCGCGCUUUUCAAGACUUCGUUUAUCGUUUCACGCAUUAUCCAAAGAAUUAA